AUCCAACUAUAUUACAUACACAUCAGACAAAAAAUACAGUACUUAAACUAAACUCCAGAUCCAAAAUUUCAGCUUUCAACUACUAAAAUAGAUGGAAGAAAUCGGAAUUGUUAUCGUCGGCGGCGGAAUUGCUGGUCUGGCCACCUCCCUUGCCCUUCAUAGAAAAGGAAUAAAGAGUGUUGUGUUGGAGAGAGCAGAGAAAGUGAGAUCGGAAGGAGCUGGAAUCGGAACUCUUACCAAUGGUUGGAGAGCUCUUGAUCAGCUUGGCGUCUCUCAUCGGCUUCGUCUCACCUCUAAUCUUAUUCGCAAGGCACGGACCAUGUUGAUUGAAAAUGGGAAAAAACGAGAAUUCGUUUUAAACAUCGAAGAUGAAGCUCGCUGUAUUAGAAGGAACGAUCUUGUUGAGGCCUUAGCCGAUGCUCUUCCUGAAGAAACCAUCCGGUUCGGUUCUCAAAUUGUUUCUAUAGAGGAGGAUGAAACUACGUCGUUUCCGGUUGUUCACUUAACCAAUGGAAAUACGAUUAAAGCCAAGGUUUUGAUUGGAUGCGAUGGUGCGAAUUCUGUUGUCAGUGACUAUCUGCGGUUAAGCCCGAAAAAAGCGUUUGCUUGUCGUGCGGUGAGAGGGUUCACCAAUUACCCAAACGGCCAUGGAUUUCCACAAGAGCUUCUAAGAAUGAAAACAGGAAACGUCUUAGUGGGAAGGCUUCCUUUGACCGACAACCUCGUCUUUUGGUUUGUUGUACAUAUGCAAGACAAUCAUCACAACGGUACAGAUCAAGAAUCCAUCGCGAACGUGACUCUCAAAUGGGUCGAUAAGUUAUCGGAAGACUGGCAAGAAAUGGUUCAAAAAUGCGACGUAGAGUCAUUAACAAUAACACACUUAAGGUACCGUUCUCCUUGGGAGAUCAUGUUCAGGAAAUUCCGUCGUGGGACUGUGACUGUAGCUGGCGACGCAAUGCACGUGAUGGGUCCAUUCUUGGGACAAGGUGGCUCGGCCGCGCUAGAGGAUGCGGUCGUUCUUGCUAGAUGUCUAGCUAAGAAAGUGGGUCCGGACCAUGGAGAGGAUUGUUCGAUGAAAAACAUUGAAGAAGCUAUUGAUGAGUAUGUGGAAAAACGUAGGAUGAGACUAGUUGGGCUUUCGACGCAGACUUAUUUGACCGGACGUUCCUUGCAAACGCAGUCAAAUGUUGUGAGGCUUAUGUUUAUUGUGUUGUUGGUAGUAUUGUUUGGGCGUGAUCAGAUUCGUCAUACUAAAUAUGAUUGUGGCCGUCUCUAGAAACUUUGUGGACAGUUUAUGAAUUAGUCUAGUGUGAGGUUGUGUGCUUUAAUUUUUUUUUUUUUUGGUGUGAUUAUGAUCAUUGCUUCUAUUAUACGUAAUAUAUUAAGUUAUUAUAAUUUGAUUUAUAUAAAACAGCAUCAUACUUUUAAAUG